AUGCCUGUGUCCCUGCUGUGGGCAGUGGAUGUGUAUGGGCGCGUGUACAGCUUGUCCACCAGAGGGCAGCAGUGGGAGCAGUGUCGUGAUGCUGUGUUAGAGUUUAAGAGGGUGACGGCCGUGCAGCAGUGUUGCUGGGGUAUCGCCUGUGACCAUCACAUCUACCUGAAUGUCCACUCUAGUGAUGUUCCCAUUCGCUACCAGGAGGAGGCAUUCGAGAACCAGCGAUGGAAUCCCAUGGAUAACUUCUCGGAUCGCUUGUUGCCGAGCGACCGCUGGCAGUGGAGUAACAUCACAGGACUGGAACACCAACCCCUUGACAGCUUCUUUCUUCCCUCGACCAACUGGGAGUGGGAGGGGGACUGGUACAUCCACGACAACUUUGGAGGAGAGCCCACAGAGAAAGAAGGUUGGACCUAUGCCAUGGACUUUCCUGCCACCUACACCAAAGACAAGAAGUGGAACUCGUGUGUCCGUCGCAGGCGAUGGAUCCGCUACAGGAGGUACAAGGCCACGGACACCUGGGCCAAGAUCCCAUCAGAGGGUCACAGUGGUCCCCUUCCAGACCCCUUUAAUGACAUCAGCUGUGGAGGCUGGGAGAUCAGUGAGGAGCCCAGGGGGAGGUUGUCUCUGUGGGCCGUCUCUCUACAGGGCAAGGUGUGGUUUCGUGAGGGUAUCCACCACCACCGCCCAGAGGGGGAUGGCUGGGAGGAGGUGUCUCUGCCUGGGGAGGUGGUGCAGAUCAGCUGUGGUCCAGGGGACCUUGUCUGGGCCGUGCUCUGGGAGGGACAACUCAUUGUCAGGGAGGGCAUCACCAGAGACUGCCCACAAGGCUCCUCCUGGGUAGUGGUGGACUCUCCCAACCCAGAGGCCGGGGCCAUCCACGUGGCUGUGGGGGACAACGUAGUCUGGGCUGUCACCAAGGACAACAAGGUAUGGUUCAGACGUGGCGUCAACUCCUAUAACCCCCGUGGUUCAGGCUGGAUCGGGAUGAUCGGGGAGAUGGUCAUGAUCAACGUGGGUCUCAACGACCAGGUGUGGGGUAUCAGCUGUGAGGACCGAGCAGUGUAUUUCCGUCAAGGUGUGACCUCCAGUGAGUUGAGUGGUAAAGCCUGGAAGGCUGUCAACGUGCCCCGAGACGGAGACAUCAGAUCCCACUCCUCCGCCAGCAGUAGCAGUCUGCACAGUGCUGGUUGUUUCUUCAGUGGAGAGGUGCGAGCACAGUCUGUGAUGAGUGAAGACUCAGACACAGAGAACGGUCCACAGAGGGCAGUCCUAGAAGUAGGGGCCUGCCCCUCCUCCCCUCCCCCCGAUCCCCCUCCCGUUGACCCCGACAUCCCCAAACCACGCAUCCCCAAGGUCACCAGCGACAGCUUCAUCUCCGAGAUGCUCGCUGACCACAAGGUCAAACGGGAGGGGGCCACCACUGCCGUCACCAUUGGUCCCUCUAUCCCAGAAGAGGAGGCCUCUCUUCGGGAAGCAGGUGCCAAGUCUCCCACCCCGGCCCUGGUUCUGUCCCCCAGCCUGUCAGGAGGGCCUGGGGACCCCCAAUGGAGUAACGUAGACCUAGAAGAGGCCCAGACUCACCUGGCUGUGGGGCCUGCUGGGGUGAGAGGGGACGCGGCUGACACCUGUAGCCUGUCUUCUGUGGCCACCUACACCCUGUGUCAGGAGGAGCCGUAUGGGGCGGAUGAACACCCGCUCUGGGCAUGGGUCAGUGGAGGAGGCUGUGGUGUGGACUGUCACUCCCAGCUCAACUGGUUCAACUCUGCCACAGCCCGGACAUCAUCAGUCCAGUCCAUGAGUCUGUCCAUCAGUCCAGCCCAGACAUCAUCAGUCCAGUCCAUGAGUCUGUCCAUCAGUCCAGCCCAGACAGCUGCCUGGCGGAAACAGAUCUUUGAGCAGCUCAGCGAACGCUCCAAGAGAGAGAUGGACCAAUUUAAACACUACGAACAGGCCAUAGAACAGUCUGUGUGGGUGAAGAAAGGGACCAUGCAAUGGUGGAGGGACUGGAAGCCCCAUAAGUGGGUGGACGUGAGGUUUGCCCUGGAGCAGUUCUCAGGACCAGAGGGAAACCAGGACGGCGUCCUCUUCCUCUACUACAACUUCAACGAGGAGAAGAAGUACCUGCAUGCGUUCAUCAACGAGGUGACUAUCUUGGUGCCGGUGCUGAAUGACUCCAAACACACGUUUGCCAUCUACACAGCAGAGAGGACCAAACAGAGGUGGCCUAUCAGACUGGCUGCUGCCACCGAGCUGGAGAUGCACGACUGGCUGGCCCUACUGAGUGUGUCGUGCUGUGACUCCCGGGGGAUCCAGGGUCCCCCCUCUAAACAGGCCCUCUGGUCAGUCACCUGUAAAGGAGACAUCUUCGUCUGUGAGCCUUCACCUAGCCUGGAGGCCUGUCCCUACCCCACACCCUGUGACCAGAUGUUCUGGCAUCAGGUGGGGGGCCACCUGCGUCUGGUGGAGUGUAACAGUCUGGGGGUGGUGUGGGGGGUUGGCUACGACCACACUGUCUGGGUCUACACCGGCGGCUAUGGAGGGGGAUUCUUGCAGGGUCUGGCCAGCAGCACAGAUAACAUCUACACCCAGACAGAUGUGAAGUGUGUCUACAUUUAUGAGAACCAGAGGUGGAACCCAGUCACAGGAUAUACCAACAGAGGCCUCCCAACAGACCGUUACAUGUGGAGUGAUGCAACAGGACUGCAGGAGUGUACCAAGGCCAACACCAAGCCGCCAUCCCCUCAUUGGACAUGGGUGGCAGACUGGGCCAUUGACUAUGGUAUCUCUGGAGGGACAGACAGAGAGGGUUGGCAAUAUGCAGCUGAUUUCCCAACGUCGUAUCAUGGCCACAAGACCUUGAAGGACUUUGUCCGUCGUAGGCGAUGGGCCAGGAAUUGUAAACUGACGACCAUAGGGCCGUGGCAGGAAGUCCCACCCAUCCCGUUGAGUGACGUGACCAUCAUCCCGUGUGGAGCUCAGAGCAUUGUUGAGCCGAUCCCUCUGUGGGCCAUCAGUAACAAGGGAGACGUGCUCUGUAGACUGGGAGUCACCCUACUGACGCCUGCUGGGACGUCGUGGCUCCACGUGGGCACAGACCAGCCCUUUAAGUCUAUCUCCAUCGGUGGGGCCAACCAGGUGUGGGCCAUUGCCAGGGAUGGCUCUGCCUUCUACAGGGGCUCCGUGUCCGCACAGAGCCCUUCAGGAGACUGCUGGUACCACAUCCCCUCUCCAGCCAGACAGAAGCUCCAACAGGUGUCUGUAGGGAGGACAUCAGUCUACACAGUGGAUCAACAUGGUAACCUGUGGUUCAGACAGGGCCUGACUCCUAGCUACCCCCAGGGAUCGUCAUGGGAACACAUCUCCAACAAUGUACGCAAGGUCUCCGUAGGACCUCUGGACCAGGUGUGGAUCAUAGCUGACAAGGUGCAAGGCAGCCACAGUCUGAGCUGUGGGACAGUCUGCCACCGUCUGGGGGUUCAGCCCAUGGACCCAAAGGGACAGUCGUGGGACUACGGCAUCGGGGGUGGCUGGGACCACAUCACUGUGAGAGGGAACUCCUUCGAGGCUCCCCGUGUCCGUAUGCCCUCCCUGACACCCUCCCUUACCGCCUCCGUAACAGGCCCCCUCUGCCCCGCAGACCGCUCUCCUUCAGGAACACAGAGGAGAACGGGAACGCUGUCAGGUGUUAAACACACACACACAUAGAGUAUUUGCCAGUGGACACUGUAUCUCUGUUCUAUCUUCAGCCCAACUCUCGCUACAAAAAAAACACCCCAAUGCAACUACUCCACCAUCCACACUGUACUGUAGCUCCCAGCUCCAGCCUCAACCUCUAAGUGUCUGAAGUAAAACUCUUAUUCUGUCCAAUCACCUGGUUGUGUUCAAUUACCUUUGAACCCUAGCUCUGUGCCCUCAGCUUGACUCAGCCAAUCACCUUCUCUCUUCACAACUAGCAGGUCAUGUUCAACAUUUCCCACAGAGCACUAGUCAUUUUUAAACAGUGUGACUCAGUCUUCGAACAUUGCAUCAUCGUUAUUUAAAUCUGUGGUCUUAAGAUAACUUUUUGUUUUAUUUAUUGUUAUUGUUUGGUUGAAUGUUUUUCUUCUGUGUGUACAGUGCUGUAUGUGAAUAGAUGUUUUGUUUAUGUUAUAUUGGUGAUAGCUUUAACUUUUUAAAAUAUAACGUAAGAAGUGUUUUCUGGGGUAUUCAAUGUUAUUGGGCCGAUGUAUGAUUCUGUGAAGGUGGGCGAUGUAUGAUUCUGUGAGAGUGGGCGAUCAGUAGUUUUUACUGAUUCUGUCCCAAUAAGUUACUAUACUUCCUACUUUGUA